AAAAGGGUUUUAGAAGAAAAAGGGGUGAUGUGAUAGCGUUGGCAGGGAGCCGUUAUUCGUCAUGGAUUUGAGUGUGUUGCUACUGUUUCUUCGAAAAAAGGAUAGAAGGCUUAAAUAAGCGUGAUCUUGGAGAAAAUAUAUUGUCGCGGAGGACAGAAUCGUGGAGAAAAACAUUGGUUUUGCACCACUGUCACGGUUCUCAAGCUUGCAUUGUGUUUGGAAAGCACAUUUCUCGCCUUUCUUCUCCAUUCAAGGUUACAAUCGUGAGAGAUCGUGAAGUAUGAGUGCUGAAGAAAGAUCGGAUAAUUCUGGUCAUACAGAUGAGAGUGGGUCUGAUAGUAGUGAAGAGGAUAUGUCCGGGGAACACGUCAUAUCUUCCACAGAAGAAUAUCAACCUCCUUAUUAUGAACAUAUUGAAGAGAAUGUGUAUUUAUUUGACAGGAAGAAAAAAGUGAAUAAGGAAGUGCGGAAGAUGCAAUGUGAUUGCACCUAUGACGCUGAUGACCCUGAUUCUGUUGGCUGUGGGGAAAACUGCUUGAACAGACUAUUAAUGAUUGAAUGUAACAGCAGAUGUGCUCGUGGGGAGAUGUGUAGCAACAAGCGAUUUCAACAGGGGUGUAAAGUGAAAGUUGAAGUUUUAAAAACUGAGAAGAAAGGCUGGGGAUUGAGAACUCUUGAAGAUCUUGAACAAAAUCAGUUUGUUAUGGAGUAUUGUGGAGAAGUAAUGAACUAUAAAGACUUUCAGGAGCGAGCAGAGCGUUAUGACAGAGAAAACAGGAGACAUUACUACUUCAUGACAUUGAGAGCAGAUGAGAUCAUUGAUGCCACUUUUAAAGGGAACUUAUCUAGGUUUAUCAACCAUAGUUGUGAAUCAAAUUGUGAAACUCAAAAGUGGACUGUCAAUGGCUUGUUAAGGAUAGGAUUUUUCACUCAGCAAUUCAUCCCUGCUGGGACAGAACUGACAUUUGAUUACAAGCUACAACGUUAUGGGAAGGUCGCCCAGGUUUGUUACUGUGAAGCACCAACUUGUCGGGGAUUUAUUGGAGGUGAAAAACAAACUCCUUUGAAGAACACUGUGGAAAGAAUAGCAACUCCACCUAUCACAAGUUCGCCAAGAAGGAGGCGUAAAAAGCAGAGGAACUUGACCACUGAAUUUGAUGACAUAACGCUGGAAGAUGAGGUUGAGAAGCUUCUAGGCGACCAUAUAGGAUUAGUAUACAGUGACCAGGCGUUAAAACUGUCACGACUGAUGGUGCGCGCAGAGACCACAGAUCAGAGAAUUAUGCUACUUAAAAUCUUGCAGCACACGACAGACCAGUCGUGUUUGAAGGCAUUCCUAAGGUACCAGGGUUUGUCACUACUGUGGAGCUGGAUGAUAGAUGGUGGAGGAAAGAAAAUGAAACUUAAGAUGGAGUUGCUUGAAACAUUGAGAUACCUUCCUAUUGCCACCAAGAACCAGCUUGAAGACAGUAAGGUGAUCAAGGUUGUAAGAAAAUGGGCAUUAUCAUCCUGUCCAACGGUUGAAGCUGGCUCCAGCAGUGGACAAGAGUCACAAGGCAAUAGCCCAGCAGACUCAGAAUGUACCGCAGGAACGGAAGAUAAUGAUGAUGACAACCAGCUCUCGGCAAAAGCUCUUGACAAUGGAAAGAAAGAGGGUGGUAUCCCUGUUCUGUUUGAACGUCAGUGCUCUAGUAAGGACCAAUCAGAUGACGACUCCCUUGAUGCAGAAGUUGCUAGCUUUAUUGCAGACAAGCCAGCAUGUAGUGGAGUCUUGAAAACCAAGAUUGCAACAGAGAGUUUUGAAAAAUCUCCAGAUGACCUUUCGGAGGAUGAUGUUAAGUCUGAAGAUGAGCGAUUACCAGAAACCGGUGUUGGACUCAUAGCCAAUGAGCUGUUGAAGUCCUGGAGUCUACUUAAGGAAGUUUACAGAAUCCCAAAGAAAUCUGCUACUCCAGUAAGUUACAAUUCUGUCAGAAAUCUUCAACUGCAAUUUAUUGUACAGGGAACUCUCUCUCUCUUAGUCUAAGGCGGACACCCUUGGGUGGGGCUCCAGUAGAGAGAAGGGUUGCCUCCGGGCAGAGGGGAAAGGUGUCUUUUAUAGAGAAACAAGUGAAAUUCAGUUGUUGUAGUGGACAAAGGAAU